GAGGAGAUGCUCCCUAUAUAUGCCAAGGGCAUCGGGUACUCACCAAUACCCGACACUCACACAGCACGGGCACAGUUCUCUGACGCCCGCCGCGGACACCGGGAGUGAUACAAGCGACAACGAGCUCAGGAAUCCUACCUGGCCACCAUGAGCAAGCGGCUGUUGACUGGACACGAGGUGGAGGAGCUCACCGAAGAGGAGCGAAAGGCGUUGGACCUGGACAUUUACCUGCACGGCCUGGUCCGCAUCAAGCCCGAUGGGUGGCUAUACUCCGGCACGGCGCCCGCCUACCUCGACAGAAUAUACAACAUGAAGUUCCGACCUGACGACGUCCUGGUCGCGACCUUCCCCAAGUGCGGCACCACGUGGGUGCAGGAGAUCAUCUGGACGAUGCUGCACAACCCCAAGCUGGACAACCCCAAGGCAAAGGAGACGCUGUGGCUGCGAUCGCCGGAGAUCAGCCUGGACAUGAUGUUUGAUCUGAAGCCUUUGGGCGGCAGGGCCCCGGAAUCUUACCAAGAAAAGUUUAGGGAAAUGUGUCCGGGCAAGAACCAGGAGGAAGGCCUUGCCCUCCACCUGGUAGACGCAGAGCCCAGUCCCCGCCUCCUGAAAAGCCAUUACCCUCUCACCCUCCUGCCCAAGGACAUUCUAGAUAGGAUAAAGGUUGUGUACGUGGCCCGGAACCCCAAGGACAUGGCUGUCUCGCUGUACCACUUCUUCAAGAUGAUUAAAGUGUUCCCGUUCGAGUGCUCCAUGGAGGAGUUUUUCAAAAGCAUCGUGAACAACAGAACCAUUUAUUCCCCGUUCUGGCCCCACGUGAAGGAGGCGUGGGGGAAGAGGCACCACCCUAACCUGCUCUUCCUCUUCUACGAGGAAAUGAAGGCCGACAUCAUGAAGGAGCUGGGAAGGAUCAACGAGUUCCUUGGAGUAGGCCUGAGCCAGGAGUCCCUCGAGAGUGUGGCGCAACACACCUCCUUCUCGGCCAUGAAGUCUCGAGGGGAGCCUGUGAAAGACGAAGUGUUCGAGAAGAAAGAUGACAACGAAGUCAAAUUCUUUCGAAAGGGCAAGACGGGUGACUGGAAGAACCACUUCUCGCCGGAGAUGCAGAAGGAGUUUGACCAAUGGACGAAGGAAAACCUGGCCGGCAGCGACCUGAGCCUGAGCUGGGCCCUGGCGGAACACAAGCGACGACGAACUCGAAAAAUCUUCUGCCUGGCCACCAUGAGCAAGCGGCUGUUGAGCGGACACGAGGUGGAGGAGCUGACCGAGGAGGAGCGGAAGGCGAUUGGCUUCGAUAUUUUCAUACACGGAUUAGUCCGCCUCAAGCCCGAUGGGUGGCUGUACCCCGGCACGACGCCCGCCUUCCUUGACAGGAUAUACAACAUGGAGUUCCGACCUGACGACGUCUUGGUUACUACCUUCCCCAAGUGUGGCACCACGUGGGUGCAGGAGAUCAUCUGGACGAUGAUGCACAACCCCAAGCUGGACAACCCCAAGGCAAAGGAGGCAAUGUGGCUGCGCUCGCAGGACCUCAGCUUUGACAUGUUGUUUGAUCUGAAGGCCUGGGGAGGCAAGCCGUCGGAAUCUUACCUAGAAAAGUUCAUGGAAGUGUGUCCAGGCAAGAACCAGGAGGAAGGUGUAAACCUCCUCCUGGCAGACGCAGAGCCGAGUCCCCGCCUCCUGAAGACCCACUACCCGUUCUCCCUCCUGCCCAAGGACAUUCUCGACAGAGUAAAGGUUGUGUACGUGGCCCGGAAUCCUAAGGACAUGGCUGUCUCUCUGUUCCACUUCUUCAAAGCGGUGAAAGUGUUUCCGUACGAUGCCGGAAUGGAGGACCUUUUUAAAGGGCUCAUGAAAAACGAAACCAUUUAUUCCCCGUUCUGGCCCCACGUGAAGGAGGCGUGGGGGAAGAGGCACCACCCUAACCUGCUCUUCCUCUUCUACGAGGAAAUGAAGGCCGACAUCAUGAAGGAGCUGGGAAGGAUCAACGAGUUCCUGGGAGCAGGGAUGAGCCAGCAGUCCCUCGAGAAUGUGGCGCGACACACCUCCUUCUCGGCCAUGAAGUCUCGAGGGGAACCAAUCAAAGACAAAGUGUUCGAGAAGGAAGGUGACAAGGAUGCCAGCUUCUUCCGAAACGGCACGACGGGUGACUGGAAGAACCACUUCUCGCCGGAGAUGCAGAAGGAGUUUGACCAAUGGACGAAGGAAAACCUGGCCGGCAGCGACCUGAGCCUGAGCUGGGCCCUGGCGGAGUGAGCCUCGCCUCGGCGCGGCGCCGGCCACUCUCUCGCUCACUAGUGUGAAGAACUAGUUUUGUGUGGUGCACUCUUUUAGUUUUCGGAUUUGUAAUGCAGAAUUUAGAAUUAAAAAAAAAUAAUCUUC